UCUAAAGCAGCACCUUGCAAACCCUUAUCCCUCCCAAAAAUAAGCACCUCUCCCAAAAUCCACAUCCCUCCCAAAAUCCAUAUCCCUCCCAAACCAGCACCUCUCCCAAAAUCCACAUCCCUCCCAAAAUCCAUAUCCCUCCCAAACCAGCACCUCUCCCAAAAUCCACAUCCAUCCCAAACCAGCAUCACCCCCAAACCAGCAUCCUUCCCAAAUCCACAUCUCCUGAAUGAACGAACAUCUGUCCCCAAACCCACAGCCCUCCCCAAACCAGCACCUUCUGACGGAGCACCUCUCCCUGAAUCCACCCCCAGCCCAUCCAGCACCCCUUCCCAAGCACAUCCCAGAGCCAGCCCGUGCUCCUCAGAGCAGCCAAGGGUGGGAUUCACCAGCCCUGAGUGCUGCCUCACUGAAUCAUUUCAAUUACAGAUUUGCUUGGAUGCGAUUUGGGGGAAAAAAAAAAGAAGAAAAAAAAAGAAGAAAAAAAAAAAAGAGGAAAAAAGAAGAAAAAAAUAAAAACAACAACAAAAAAACCCCAACCCAUCCCUCUUCUUCCUCCUCCUCCUCCCCUGGGAAGGGGUGAUGGCAGCAUAAAUAGCAGCUCUCUCAGCACGGGGCCAGACGCAGCUGGAGCAGCUUCCCCUGGCACGGGCACCCUGCACCAUGGCAGAGCCUUCGCUGCCCCUCUCCUUCCUCUGCCUCCUCGCCUUGUCCUCCGCCUGCUACAUCCAGAACUGCCCCCGGGGCGGCAAGCGGGCGCUGGCCGACACAGCUCUCCGACAGUGCAUGCCCUGCGGCCCCGGCAACAGAGGGAACUGCUUCGGGCCCGGCAUCUGCUGCGGUGCGGAGCUGGGCUGCUACCUGGGCACGGUGGAGACGAGGCGCUGUGCGGAGGAGGAUUACCUGCCCUCGCCCUGCCAGGCGGGCGGGCAGCCCUGCGGCUCCGGGGGCCGCUGCGCCGCUCCCGGCAUCUGCUGCACCGCCGAUACGUGCUCCAUGGACAGCAGCUGCCUGGACGAGGGCAGCGACAGCGCUCAGGAGGCGGCGGAUGAGAAGAACCUGACGGUGCUGGAUGGCUCGGCUGGAGAUCUGCUCCUCAAGCUCAUGCACUUGGCAAACCGGCAGCAGCAGCAGCAGCAGGGCAAGCACCCCCUGCUCUGA